ACUUGUGUCGAGCGGGGAGGGGGGGCGAGGAACGAGAUUCAAGUGCAGUUAUUUGACAGAACCUUGAACGUGGUAGGGUGGCAAUGGGAGUAGGUAGAGGGCUUCAAAUUCAAGUUUCAUUUUGUUUGCUUGUCAUGAGCGUCAUACCCGUAACAAUGCUUUGCGAUUAUACCCCCUGAACAUAUUUAACAGCAACAGGGCAUAGCAGGAUGGCACUUACUGCAGUUUCCGCGUGUGUGGGGAAGCAAAGCUAGUCUGUGUAUUGUACACCGCAACGCGGAAAAUAUUAAGAUGUUGGGGGAUAGAAUUCAAACGAGAUUGAAACAAUGUAGCACCGCUGCGGCAUUUCCGAUAUUCGGAUGAAAGAAAGAAUACAAAGUACCUUCAUGUACAUGUAAGAACAGCUCUCGACAGCAGAAAUAGAGGGAAUUGCGGAUCGAUAGCGUCUUCAUUGCUACCAAAGGCAGAAGAGGGACCGAAAACUGCAAUAUGUUCAGAAGGAGACUCAACCGUUUGUUUGCGGGGGACGAGAAGAGGGGGGACAGUCGGACCAUCCACGUGGGCCACCAGCCCUGCCCAGCCACGGACGCCUUCAUCCAACCGAAAUUCUGCGACAACAGGAUUGUUUCCUCUAAGUAUACAGUCUGGAACUUUUUGCCCAAGAACCUGUUCGAGCAGUUCAGAAGAAUUGCCAAUUUCUACUUCCUGAUUAUAUUCCUUGUGCAGGUGAUAGUGGACACGCCCACCAGCCCGGUCACCAGCGGCUUGCCCUUAUUUUUUGUAAUCACUGUGACGGCCAUCAAGCAGGGUUACGAGGAUUGGUUGCGUCACAAGGCUGACAAUGAGGUGAACAAGUACCCAGUGACCAUUCUGGAAGGCGGAAGGAGUCAGUGCAAGAAAGACAGUGAGAAGAUCAAGGUGGGUGACAUCGUCGAGGUGGAAGAGGACGAGACGUUCCCCUGCGACCUGAUCCUGCUGCGGUCCAGCCGCGAUGACGAGACCUGCUUCGUCACCACGGCCAGCCUGGACGGAGAGUCCAACCAUAAGACACACUACACAGUGCCUGAUACGGAGAAAGAUCUGGAAUCACUUAAUGCGACCAUUGAGUGUGAACAGCCGCAGCCAGACCUUUACAAGUUUUUGGGACGCAUGCACAUCUACAGAGAUGGCCAAGCCACCGCUGUGAGGUCUUUAGGCCCAGAAAAUUUAUUGUUGAAAGGUGCUACAUUGAAGAACACCAAAAAGAUUCACGGCGUGGCGGUUUACACGGGCAUGGAGACCAAAAUGGCGCUGAACUACCAGGGAAAGUCCCAGAAGCGCUCGGCAGUGGAGAAGUCCAUCAAUGCCUUCCUCAUGGUGUAUCUGGGGCUCCUGGUGGGCAAGGCUCUGGUUUGCACCACGCUCAAGUACAUCUGGCAGAGCCAGCCGGGGCAGGGUGAGCCUUGGUACAAUCUCCACACCCAGAAAGAAAAGGACACCAAUCUAUACCUGAAGAUGUUUACAGACUUCCUGUCCUUCAUGGUGCUCUUCAACUUCAUCAUCCCUGUCUCAAUGUACGUUACUGUGGAGAUGCAGAAAUUCCUGGGCUCUUUCUUCAUCUCUUGGGACAAAGACUUCUUUGACCCGGAGAUCCAGGAGGGGGCGCUGGUCAACACUUCUGACCUCAAUGAGGAGCUGGGUCAGGUUGAGUAUGUGUUCACUGAUAAGACGGGCACCUUGACCCAGAACAACAUGGAGUUCAAAGAGUGCUGCAUCGACGGCUUCCAGUACCUGGACUCCCCUGUGCAGGUGGAUGGGCUGUGUGUCACGGACGGGCCAGUCAGCAAGACCCAGGAGAAGGCGUGCAGGGAGAAGGAGGAGCUGUUCCUGCGGGCUCUGUGCCUGUGCCACACAGUGCAGGUGAAGGAGUCUUGGCAGGGCGGGGUCCUGGGGAUGGACCAGGUGGACAGAGGGGCCCUCGGACUGGAAGAGCAGUGCGGGUUCAUCGCUUCCUCGCCCGAUGAGGUGGCGCUGGUCAAGGGGGCCAUGAAGUAUGGCUUCAAAUUCCUGGGCUCGGAUUGCAGAAGCAUGAAAAUAAUGAACAGGAAUGAAGACAUUGAGGAGUACGAGCUGCUGCACGUGUUGAACUUUGACCCGGUUCGACGGCGAAUGAGCGUGAUUGUUAAAUCCAGAUCAGGGGACAUCCUCCUUUUCUGCAAAGGGGCAGACUCGUCCAUUUUCCCCCGAGUCAAGCCGGAGGAAGUGGACCGAAUACGGAGGCAUGUGGAGCGAAACGCUACAGAUGGCUACAGGACGCUGUGCGUGGCCUACAAGCAGCUGAGCACGGAGGAGUACGAGAAGGCCGACGCGGGGCUGCGGGAGGCGCGGCUGGCCCUGCAGGAGCGGGAGGAGAGGCUCACGGCCGUGUACAACCAGAUCGAGACCGACAUGAGUCUGAUCGGAGCCACCGCGGUGGAGGACAGGCUGCAGGAGCAGGCCGCUGAGACCAUGGAGGCGCUGCAGGGCGCCGGGAUGAAGGUGUGGGUGCUGACCGGGGACAAGAUGGAGACGGCCAAGUCCACGUGCUACGCCUGCCGGCUCUUCCAGAGGAGCACGGAGCUGCUGGAGCUGACGGUGCGCACCCUGGAGGGCAGCGGCCCGCGGCGCGAGGAGAGGCUGUGGGAUCUCUUACAGGACUACCACAGGAAGGCCGUGUAUGAUGCCCCGCCCAUCAAGGCCACAGCCAAACGGAGCUGGUGCUCCUCGGGCCAGGAGUUCGGCUUCAUCGUGGACGGAGCCACGCUGGGCCUGGUCCUGAACACCAGCCGCUACAGCAGCCUGUUCCUGCAGAUCUGCCAGAACUGCACGGCCGUGCUGUGCUGCCGCAUGGCCCCGCUGCAGAAGGCGCAGAUUGUGAAGAUGGUGAAGAGUUCGAAGGGCAGCCCUAUUACCCUGUCCAUCGGUGACGGGGCCAAUGAUGUCAGCAUGAUCCUGGAGGCGCAUGUGGGCAUUGGUUUAAAAGGCAAAGAGGGCCGGCAGGCGGUGAGGAACAGUGACUAUGCCAUACCCAAACUCAAGCACCUGAAGAAGCUGCUACUGGCACACGGGCACCUGUACUACGUCCGCAUCGCCCACCUUGUGCAGUAUUUCUUCUACAAGAACCUUUGCUUCAUUUUACCUCAGUUCCUGUAUCAGUUCUUCUGUGGAUACUCACAGCAGCCCCUGUACGACGCAGCCUAUCUGACGAUGUACAACAUCUGCUUCACCUCUAUGCCCAUCCUGGCCUACAGCCUCCUGGAGCAGCACAUCUGCAUGGAGAUCCUCAUGGACAAUGCCUCUUUGUACAGGGCGAUGGCCAAGAAUGCCUUGCUGCGCUGGGGCCCCUUCCUGUACUGGACGGCAUUGGGGGUCUUCCAUGGCCUAGUCUUCUUCUUUGGUGUGCACUUUCUUUUCAGAAAUUCAGCCUUGCAGGACACUGGCCAGGUCUUUGGAAACUGGACCUUUGGAACAAUAGUUUUUACUGUCCUCGUCUUCACCGUCACCCUGAAGUUGGCUAUGGACACACGUCACUGGACCUGGAUUAACCACUUUGUCAUCUGGGGCUCACUGGUCUUCUAUGUCUUCUUCAGCUUCUUCUGGGGAGGAAUCAUAUGGCCUUUUCUGCAGCAGCAGAGGAUGUACUUUGUCUUCUCCAGCAUGCUGAGCUCCCUGUCGGCCUGGCUGGUCAUCGUCCUGCUCACCGUGCUGAGCCUUCUGCCCGACGUCCUGCUCGUCAUCCUCCGCCCGCCCCGGAACCCCCACCCCCGACAGCCUGCAGAAGACCCCUUCCUACAUGUAGAAACGUAAAACAAGAUCGCUGCCAUCACGCCGCUGUCCUACAAGCACCUGCAGGAGCUGAACUGAAGACCCGGGGGAAAUACUGGGGCAGGAGCGGGCAGCACCCUGCCUCUACAGGACCCCCCCAGCCUUCCGAAUGCUAGCCGUCUGCACAACUGCCUGUUUUGUUUUGUCUUUAAACCCGCGGUUCGCUCCGCUAGCUUUUGCGACGCCGUCGUCCCUGCGCUGGAGCAUGCUGCUGGCCGCGUCUCCAUGGCGCUCACGCGUUCGGCGCGUCUUUAUGCCUUUUCUUUUCAAGGAUGCGCUCAAUGGCUUCGUGGGUUUUUCUGUCUUUCUAUGGAGAUUAAAUGUAUGUGAAUCUGACGAGGCUGCGCCGUCAGUUGCUGCGAGCUGCAGUAUUUCACUCCCGCUCUCCCAGAAUGCUUCACUUCCCAUUUUUGGGAAACCAAAAGGAUGCCCCGCGUCGUUGCUGUUGGCGAAGAAUAAUUGAGGUCCGACUACUCUCCCGUCAUCUGACUCCAUUUGCAUUUUACCAAACGAUCUUACGUGGGACAAAGCUUUCUUUAAAUUGUGGUUCUUCUCCAAAGAGAAACUGUGGACCAAGGGCAGCUGCAAUAACAAUGAAUGAUCCUCGAAGCUCAGUCCAUUCAUUCUGUUUCCAAAAGCCAUUGGAAGUGAAAGACAUCACUUUGCAUUGUAUGGCCACACUGCAUGGCAAGUGAGAAACAUAAAAUAUUUUGCACAGCGAGUCCUAAGCCUGCUUGCUGUCAGACAGCAUGGAAUUGUGGGAUGGAGGGCGGUAGGUACAACAGAACAUACAGACACAUGAUUCUCACGUGAUUGUGCACUAAUACUGAUAGCGUGACUAUGCAUGCAGUGAAUCUACCAGCCUUUCGAGAACAGAGAUUAUGACUGUGUGAACAGAUAAACGUACGUAUGUGCUUUGGAUGCCAAAAAUUAGCCAGUGAGAGAUCUGAGCCCCGCCUCUUCACCGAGGUUGUGUGUGACCAUGGACCGAGUGACCGCUGCUUUAAUAAUUACAUUGUGUGUUAAUUACAUUAAUGAGAAAUCUGUGGUUGGUCAUGUGGCUUAGCCGUCAGUGGGGCCACACGCCUGUACGUUUUUUUUUUUUAAGCGUACGGAUCGGAGCACUGCCUGUUGCUGCUCGCGCCUCAUGUGUCUGCAGAAAACGUGGGCCAGCUCUAAAUCUGUCACUUGCACGGUCGCACACGACCGUACUGUGAGCGAGAAGCGCUCAGAGGGGGCGCGUCUGGACCGAUUGCUGCCAACGGGCUGAGCUCGGCCUGCUGAAACUAAGCCUCCCGCAGAGUCUUUCUGGAUGCUGGUGGCAUUGUGGGCCGUCGGGUCCUCCUACCCUUUAACUGCAUCGUCUCUCAGUGUCAGUUCCGUGUGGGGAACGCUUUUCUGCAGGGUUGUGUCAUUCGUUGUUAGGGGGCGGGCGGACAUUUUAAAUCCAGCUGCAAUGUUUGUGUGUAACGCUUCAAACAUUCCAUGUGUGCAUAUACCCAUGGUUCAGAUCACGUUUUAAAAAAAUACGGAAUGCCUUUUUUCUUUUUUUUUUCGAAACACAUAAUUCUAUCGGACCUGUUUGUUGUAAUGUGUGAUUUUACCUGCAAAUGCUAUAUAUUUUUAUUACCAGAUUUUUAUUAAUGUGGAGAAUGAUUUCACAGCGUGUGCUGGUUUUAAAUGACCUGGUUCUAAUAAACUGCUUUAUUUCA